CUGGCAAAGAAGUACCACCCUGACACAAAUAAGGAUGACCCCAAGGCAAAGGAGAAGUUCUCUCAGCUGGCAGAAGCCUAUGAGGUGCUGAGUGACGAGGUGAAGCGGAAGCAGUAUGAUGCCUAUGGCACUGCCAGUUUCGACGCCGGCGCAACGGGCGCAGGCGCCGGGGCCGGGCGGCAGUACUGGAGCGGUGGUCCCUCCAUCGACCCCGAGGAGCUCUUCAAGAAGAUCUUUGGGGAGUUUUCAGGAUCCCCUUUCGGCGAUUUUCAGAGUGUCUUUGACCAGCCACAGGAGUAUAUCAUGGAACUGACAUUCACUCAAGCUGCAAAAGGUGUUAACAAGGAGAUUGUGGUGAACAUCCAAGACUCCUGUGAGAGAUGCAAUGGCAGAGGAAAUGAACCUGGCACCAAAGUGCAGCACUGUCACUACUGCAAUGGCACUGGCAUGGAGACAAUAAACACGGGCCCGUUCGUGAUGCGCUCCACGUGCCGACGCUGCGGCGCGGGCUCCAUCAUCACCACGCACUGCGUCGUGUGCCGCGGCACGGGGCAGACCAAGCAGAAGAAGACAGUGAUGGUUCCUGUGCCAGCUGGUGUUGAGGAUGGCCAGACAGUUCGGAUGCCUGUGGGGAAGAAAGAAAUUUUCAUUACUUUCAGGGUUCAGAAAAGUUCUGUGUUCAGAAGAAAUGGAGCAGAUAUCCACUCGGAUCUGCCAAUCUCGAUAGCACAGGCUGUGCUGGGAGGCACAGCCCGAUGUCAAGGCUUAUACGAGACAAUCAACAUCACAAUACCCCCUGGGAUGCAGCCAGACCAGAGAAUUCGAAUGAGUGGGAAAGGCAUUCCCAAGGUCAACAGUUACGGCUAUGGAGACCACUACAUCCACAUAAAGAUCAAAAUUCCUCAGAGGCUGACGGAUCGCCAGCGAGCCUUAAUGAUGAGCUACGCCGAGGACGAGGCAGAUGUGGACGGCACAGUGAAUGGGGUCACAAACACAGCGUCAGGUGGCAGGGCCACGGCUAGCGCUGACGCAGGCGGGGAUAGGCCUGAGGCUGAGGAGAACAAGGAGGGAUUCCUUUCCAAACUUAAGAAAAUGUUUACCUCCUGA